GUUUGAGUUCAAGAUGUCUGGCCGGGGGAAGCAGGGCGGCAAGGCGCGCGCCAAAGCGAAGUCGCGCUCUUCUCGGGCGGGAUUGCAGUUCCCUGUGGGCCGCGUGCACCGGCUGCUCCGAAAGGGUAACUAUUCGGAGCGCGUGGGCGCCGGCGCGCCAGUCUAUCUCGCUGCCGUGCUCGAGUAUCUGACGGCCGAGAUUCUGGAGCUGGCGGGCAACGCUGCGCGCGACAACAAAAAGACGCGCAUCAUCCCGCGCCACCUGCAGUUGGCCGUCCGCAAUGACGAGGAGCUCAACAAGCUGCUAGGCCGCGUGACUAUCGCACAGGGCGGCGUCCUGCCCAACAUCCAGGCUGUGCUGCUCCCCAAGAAGACGGAGAGCCACCACAAGGCCAAAGGCAAGUGAGGCCGGGGGCCCGCACAGGACACCAAAGGCUCUUUUCAGAGCCACCCACUGUUUCCACAAAAGAGCCGCACUGAAGGCGCUGCCAUUUAUUGCUUAAGAGCCAGUCCCCAAGCGCAUAUUGAUGUGCACAUCAGCGGUAGGAGAGGGUGCGCACGGGCACCGGGCGUCUAGGCAGAGCGGGACACGCACGCUUGCGAGGUGGGCAGCGGGUUCUGUCUGCGGCAGGCUGUACUCGCCCGAUCGGCGGCCGCCCCUUUUGACUCCUACCCCAUAGCGUCUGGUGGGGGCUUAAUCUUGCCGUUCUUGAAGGCAUCUUCAUGGUUGCUAGUGGCAAGUCACCUUGGAUUACAGGAAGCUCUCCAUCUGGACAUCACCGAAUAUGUCUUACUCCAGAGACAAUUGGAUCGACUCAUCUGUCAAAAAUAU